AUGGCGGACCAUCAAUCUCCCCUGAUGCGCUUACCGAGGGAAUUGCGACUCGAAAUAUACAAGCUCCUUUUCAACGACAAAAACCACAAAGCCCUCGAUAUCCGAAGCGACGACCUCACCACUUACCGUCUCAUCUCAGAUGUAGAAUUUCACCCCUCCAUCAUGGGCGUCAAUCGCCAAAUAUACGAUGAGCUCUCCUUUCUGCUCUACAGUCGACACAGCUUUGGUUUUGGGGAAGACAUCGAGGUCAUUGUCCCAUUUCUAUCCAAUUUGAGAAGUCACACCCGACCACUCAUCAACGAAAUAUCUCUUUUCAAACAGAUCUCUAUUUAUAUUCAUGCCCAAUCCGAUCAGUGUGAAUGGAGCAACGUCUGCCACUAUCUCGCAAAAAACAUGCAUUUGAAGAGUCUGAAGCUGAUCGUGGAGGGAGGUCGACCGAGCGCUGGUUGGGAAGGGAUGCCACAAUAUGAUUUAUCGGAUUUUCAAACACUACACAGAGCGAAAUAUGAAGCAUUGGAAUGGGUAUGGGAGCUGCUGUCGAUUCAAGGCCUUCAAAAGCUGGAAGUUAGCUCAGGAAUACACCAUUGUCCCCGGGCGCGGUCAUUACCGUUGGCUUUCUCCGCAGAUUUUUCAGCAUCCAUCGAAACUGAGUUAGCGGAUUUCUUGAGAUCGAAAAUGCUUCCCAAAUCGUGA